GAGCCAAACUUAUUUCCUUCCACUUUCCCAAGUUUCCUAUCGUUGUCGCUGUGGUUGAACUUUUACCCAUAAAACUAGACUAGAAACAUCCUUCUCUCUGUCACUAGCAAGUCAUAUUAAAACCAAAAUUAGACUCGUAAGAAGUAGAAAUUAAUCCGAAAUCACAAAAACCAGAAAGAAAUUUCAAGAUGUGCUGUUGUGAUGGGGAUUGCAGGCCUCUCGGGUUUCUACUAGGUCUUCCCUUUGCAUUUCUAGCCCUUCUCAUCUCUAUCGUUGGAAUCAUUGUCUGGAUUGUUGGAUUGACUUUAAGUUGCAUAUGCCCAUGUUGUUUGUGUGUGACGAUCAUAGUUGAGUUGGCUUUGGAAUUGAUCAAAGCUCCUAUUCAUGUUAUGGAGUGGUUUACUUCUCAGAUCCCUUGUUGAUAAAAGUCCCCAAAUUUCAUACCUUUUUCUUAGUAGUUCAGUAGAGUGAUUAAAUUGGGUAAUUGGGAUUUGGGACCUUUCCUGUAAGAAUUCUGGGAUGAUCUGUGUUCUUUUUCUAUUCUUAUUUAUGAAUGUUUUCAGUAUUUUCUGCUUUUUCUUUGUAUGUGAAUAAUUUUACACCCUAGUUUCAUGGGGAUUAGUGAUUUAUCAAUCAUAUUUGGGUGCAGUUUCCUUGA